AUGUUAGCUGUUGGGGAAUGUUCUCGCGAGCCUUGUGGUAUCCCCCCGGGCUCUCUGCAGUACGGGGCGACGCCAGCGGGCAACGCCUUUAUGCUUGCUGCCUUUGCCGCCCUGAUCCCGCCCGUUAUAUACGCAGGAUUUAGGUACAGAACGCUCGCACAUACCUCACUACUCCUGACAGCACUCGUUUUCGAAGUUGUUGGUCAUGUCGGCAAGAUCUUCCUGGCCGCCAAUCCGAACAGCCACGCCUAUUCAACCCUCUAUCUCUUGGGGACACACUGGGGCGCCAUCCUGAUCGGAUCUGCUGCAAACCUGGUCCUUCCACAUGCUAUGGUCAUUUAUGGCGAGGAGUUCCGCCUCGUAUCGGACCCCGUCUACCUGAAUAUGCUCUUCUUCAUUCUUGACAUUUUCGCCCUGGCCUUCCAGUCCGUGGGGAUAGGGUUUGCCUCCACGGCUCACACGUCUGCCGAGGUUUCCCAAGGCGUUAGUAUCCUGCUUACCGGCCUCGCCAUCCAAGCGCUCAAUCUCCUUGCCUUCUUGGGUACAUACCGGUAUUUUCGGUACAAGCUUUCCCAUCGCCGUUAUAUCCUCGAUGACAGAUAUUCGCACGUGUACCUGUCCCGCUGGUUCACGUACUUCAUGAUCUGCAUUCAGGUAGUCGCGGCCCUGCUCCUCCUCCGAACGGCUGUACGAAUCGCCAUUUUCGCCGACGGCCUAGAUAGCGCAUUUGCCACCUCACAGGUCACCACGUUUCUCCUCGACGACACCAUCGUCCUCGUCGCGGUUCUUAUCAUCGCCAUCUGCCCCCCCGGUAGGGCAUUCGGCGGCGCUUGGGCCUCAACAUCGCCCAUGGCCGCCUCCCCAGACAGGCCGCACACCCUUCCCCUACGACUCCGACGGCAUCGGCGCAACCGAAGCUCUCGCAUCAACAAACGGGUCAUCUCACUCCCGUACACAUCCCCUUCCGCAUCACCCAGGUUCAGCCCGGGGUACACGCCGAGAGGGGGGAUGACACCGGGACUCCCGGCGCACCCUUCCCCCCGAGCGCCGCCGCUCAUCUCGCCGCUUAUGUCACCGCGGAAUAACCCGGUCCACCAGAGAGCCCCCUACGAGCUCUCGCCCACCCAGGAAGUCCCGUACAUGGCACCUCAGGAGAGCCCGGGUAUGGAUUCGACCAUGUGGAUGGCCUCGCCGCCUAUCGAUCAUGGGAGGAAGAGAAGGAUGAGGGCUGGCUCUGGCCCGGAGACGAACCAAAUGGUAGAUGGAGAUGCUUUAUGGAGUUGA